AUGAAGCCAGCGGCCGCCAAUUCCCCUACCUCGGCCGCCAUGACAACCACCAAACAGCCACCGCCCGAGAAGCCGGAAGCUGUGCGGUUGAGGACGAAGAUUGUCCUAUCAUUCUGGGCCGUGAUCCUUCUCCUGGGGUUCCCAACAUGGUGGCAGACGACAUCAAUCUACAGGGCCGAUUUGCCGCUGCAGGACAUGCUGAACUGGGCGGAGGGACUAAAUACUCCUACGUCGAUACCACUACAUAUCUGGGUAUCAGCUCCCAAUUUACCUUGCCCAGAUGCGCAGCGAAUCGUCCGAGAAACUCAACAGGCGCUUGAUGAUCUCAAUGAGUACCCAACUCUACACCAACGACUCUAUCUCGUGAACUGGUGGUCGACUGGGAAAGACAACAAAGAAGAGAAGGGAACUCCCAGUACAAGUUGUGGUGAAAAUCCUUCCAGUCCAGAUCUUGGAGACCCUGCGUUGAGAGUGCUUCUCGAGCCUGCGAAAGAUGGCUUCGCCUUUGAGUUGGAUCCCGUCAUCGCGAAGGCCGUGGUUUACAUUCCGCGCACCGAUGCCAACAAUGUAUCCAAACGCCUGGCUGAAAAUCUGCACGAACUGUUCAAGGAAGAACAAGUCGCAGCGGCUCUCCAGACCGUGGCUCUGGCCAGCCAUACUCAAAAUGCACAAGCAUUUCUAAGGUCUCAGCCAUACGACGUUGUCACGAGAAUUGAGAAACAGAUCAACCGUGCCUACAAAUCCUCUUCCGAGUUCCAUUUGACGUUCUCACUUUUCACAGCCGGUGGUGUGCCGUCCAGCUGGGAUGUUCAAGAUGCGCUGAGCAAGCAUAUCCAGCCUCUUGUUCAAGCACUGUCGAACACUUCAGAGUUCGACAUCACAACCCAGAUCCAACUCUAUUCGAGCUACUCUCCAGCCAUCCAGCCUGUGACCAAAGAAGGAAUGGAGGGCGCCUUUCUGCAGCAGAAGGAUUUGACAGCCUUUGUAAAUGCGGCGGAGUGGCCUCUGGCGCCGUCGAUUGGGGACGGACCUACUAUCAACUUCAUCCUCUACGUCCCAGUCCAGGACGAAAUACCCCUCAAGAUCGACGGCGUCGAGGGUACCUCCUGGCUGAUCCCUCAAUGGGGCGGUAUCCAAAUAACUAAUCCACCUCUGCAACCAGAUCCAAUGACCGGCGGAAUGAGCUUGCCAGCGCACCUGGCAGGAGAGUUGUUGCGACAACCCUUCGAGACGUUCUCAUCACAAUUACUGUCGCUGUUGGGAGUCCCACAAGCAAAUCAAUCUGGCAAACUCCUUCCGCUGCAGCUCAGACUGGAUGCUUAUAAGCGGUUUUCGACUCUGACACUAUAUCUGAAGGCCGCAUCGAGUUUAGGUUCUCUGGCUCGACUCGCACAACGACUCAGCAACAUUCCAAUUCAGAAACAUGUCGCUGAGUUGGUGGACGACGCGAUCGGCAAUCUCACUGCUGCAGAGCAUGCAUUUCUUGAGAGUCGAUGGGAUGCAGCACUUAUCCAUUCAAGGAUAGCCUACAGGGACAGUGAGAAGGCAUUCUUCGAUAAGUCGAUGGUCGGGCAAGUGUACUUCCCAGAUGAACACAAGGUUGCCGUGUAUCUGCCUCUGCUGGGUCCAAUUGGAGUGCCGCUACUUGUCGGGCUAUUGAGAGAGAUCAAGAGACUCGUGGUGAGAAAGAGGGGCAUCACACCAUGA